AUCAACAACUAUGAAAUCAUUGACGAACUCGGCAGAGGUACACACGGCAAAGUUAAGCUUGGUCGCAAUCUUGCCACAAACGAAUAUGUUGCGAUCAAGAUUGUGGAGCGCUACUCCAAGAAGCGUCGACUCGGCAAACUAGGCAACGCCGAAGACAAAGUCAAGAAGGAAGUUGCCAUUCUGAAGAAGGCUCGUCAUCCAAACAUCGUCGCCCUACUGGAGGUCAUCGACGAUCCCGCUCGCAAGAAGGUGUAUAUUGUUUUGGAACCACAGAAUCUGGAUGCCGACCUUCACCCCGAUCUGCAAUAUGUCCCUUGCAUGUCCGUGAACGCCGCUCGAGUGGCAUUCAGGGACACUGUCUUGGGCUUACAGUAUCUUCAUUACCAAGGCAUCAUCCACAGAGACAUCAAGCCUCCCAACCUCUUGCAGACAGCUGACCACCGGACAAAGAUCUCGGAUUUCGGCGUUUCGUAUCUCGGCCGUCCAAUCAACGAUGACCAAGUCCCUGAGAAUCUUUCAGAAUCUGAUAUGCAGGACUUUGACGAGGCUAAAGAGCUGGCGAAGACGGUGGGUACGGCUGCUUUCUACGCUCCCGAGCUGUGCUACACUGAUGGGGGUGGCGAAACCCCUCCAGUGGGACCUGCUAUCGAUGUAUGGGCCCUCGGCAUCACUCUGUUUUGUAUGCUCUUUGGCCGCACGCCAUUCGUCGACAACGAGUAUGUUGUCAUGCGGCGCAUUGCUGACGAGGAAAUCUACCUGGCAUAUGAAGAACUGGAUGACCUACUUCUCGAUUUGUUCCGUAGAUUACUGCAGAAAGAUCCUACGAAGCGCAUUACCCUGGAAGAAGUUCGACACCACCCAUGGGUAAUACAGGACAUC